UAGGGGAAGACCAGACCUGACCCAGCUCUUCCUAUCUGAAAGGGUGGAGAAAACUGGAUAAGUGUGUACAUAAGUGCAGGUCAUGGAUUAGAGGUAAUAUUAAAGGGAUAGGGAGGAGCUGGAUCAGGACCAGCUCCAUCCCCUGUACCUCUGGUUCUGGAUCUCGUUUGCUUUGAGAGUUCAGUAUGUUUGAUGAAGUGCACUCUAUGGUGCAAGCUUUGGCACUAAGUGCAUGGCAAAAAAUGUCAGCCUGCAUGGCUAUAUAAGAAGGGCUCCUCAUUCACAGCGUUCCUGCAAGAUUACAUGCAAUACAUCCAAAAAGUGCUGUUUUUUCUGCUUGAGUAAAAUAAUAAUAAUAAUAAUUAAAAAAAAGUAAAGAAUGAAAUGUGAAGAGAGGAAGUCACAGAAGUGAUGAAGAGAAGAAAGGAAAAUGUGCCGUGGGGGUGCAGAGAGGCAGUGUUUAUUAAAAAUGUUCCUAGGUAAAGCUUCUUCAACAGUGAAGGGUCAUUAGCCAUGGAGCAGGUAGCACUAAUUCCCAUUGGCUGAUAGGCAAAAGACCUCGGUUAUGUGACUACCAAUCAUUAUGAGGGCCUGUGCUGGCUUGUCUGAAUCAGCUACAGGCCACAGGGGACUGACACACACACACACACACACACGCUGCCUGACUGCAUUUAUUUUCUGUGACCUACUCUGAAACAGACGAUGUGUUUGCACAACCCCAGAUUAAAGAAGAGCCUGAGAGACUUGAGAGACGUAUCCUGCAGCGUGUCUGUAAUGGUUGUUUUGAAUCAUUACAUUGUAGUAAGACUUAUAUGAACUGGUUUAUUAGCAAACACUCAGUAGUGAUGUAUUUAUAGUUUAAACUCUCAUCUUAUUACUCAUUUCAUCAAGAGUCGUAUACUAAGCAUUGUAUAGCAGCGACAGUGAAAAGUAAUGAAAUGAUAUUUCUUUAUAAGAUGAGAAAUGUACAUGUGGACAUACACCUUGUUCUGUUAUGGUUUAAGAAAUGAAACCUGUUCUAAGUGAACUGUGAUUCAGUGUGGAAUUAUAAACCCAUGCAACAUGUUAAGUAUAAAAUCUAGCAUGGAGCAUGACAUUUCAAGAACAAUAGAUUUUGACAGCUGUAGAGAGAACAGCAGGGGGAAGAAAGUAAGGGAACUGACCGAGACAAUCCUUUUGGGGCAUGUGUAGCAUGCACUGCUUAUCAUAGCAACCAGGGCAGAUGACAAGUCAGGACAUGUCUGUAUUUAAGUAGCCAAUGGUCUCUGCAGGGCCAGUGGAACAGUCUGGAUUUCUUCUUGAGUUGAAAUCUCCCUCAUUCUGCUGUUGUUGUGUAGAAUUCAUUCUUGCUGUAGCGUUUUUGUGCACUGCAUUGAGGAUCCUGAAACUUCCCUAUGAUCAGUGAUGACCUUGUGAACUCCUAUCACCUGUUGCUGUGUGCUCUUGACCUGGUUUACUCCAACUCUCUGUUGUGCUCCAGCCGCAAAGAUCUACUCAACCCCAGCUUCAAAGGCCUUUCUGACGAAUUUAACAGUAAGGACUAUAAACCAGGCACUGGCCCACUUUGCUUCAUAGAGCAGUUGUGUGAACUGCAUCAUGGAGUUGUUCUCGAUGCUAAAGGGGUAAAGGAACAUUUCUGGAAGCCCUUCAUCAAGAAGCUCUUUGAACGCAAGAUUUUAAAGGGAAAAGAAGAGACACUGACAGGAUUCCUGGAUCCUGUUCAUUUUGGAGACAGUCUUGCUUCUCUGACCCGGGCGUAUGAGGAGCAUGUUUUGUCAUCAGGUGCUCUAGAUGAGAGGAUAUUUCUGGGUGACGGAGCGAAAGAGGACAUCGGUACACCAGGACCUUUUCUGUGUGAGGGGACAGAGAACCAGGACCAGCCGCCCAGCAUUCUGCACAAAACCCUCACUGCAUCAGCUCUAAAAGUGUCCACUCCACUGACGGGGAGGACGUACUUACAGGACAGUGCCUUUGGAACACCAGUGUCCUCUGCGAUGGAAGGCAUCACACGUCUGCACAGUCUUCUGUCAGGACUCAAACACAGACCGAGCCUGAGACUGAGAGACAUGCUGAAGGCCUGUGUGAGGAACCCCAGUGAAGCUAUCGCAUCCAGACUGAGGGAGAUGUCUGAGGUGUUCCUCCAGAGCUAUGAAGCCAAGGGAGAUGAAAACAGAGGCCUGGCAAGAGAUAUUGCUGUGAAAUACUUUUGCCUAGCUGAGGCACUGUAUUAUAAGACACUGGAGGGCAUCAUUGACCAGGAGAAGAGGAGGCUGGGUGACAGUGACCUCUCUAGUAUUCUAGAGCAGGACAUGUUCCACCGUUCUCUGAUAGCCUGCUGUCUGGAGAUUGUCAUCUUCUCCUACCAUCCACCCGGUGAGUUCCAGUGGGUUCUACGGAUCUUUGACAUUCCACCUUACCACUUUUAUAAGGUGAUCGAGGUGCUGGUUCGGGCGGAAGAAGGUCUUGUCAGGGAGGUGGUGAAGCAUCUGAACCAUGUGGAGGAGCAGGUGCUGGAGAGCCUGGCCUGGAAAAAGAGUUCCCCACUCUGGGAGAGCAUUAAAGGGGCCAAAAACCGUGUGCCUUCCUGUCAGGAGGUCAUGCCUCCUCAGUACCUGGAGGAUGGAUCUGGUGACCUUCACACUCCGAAAACUAAUGAGCUCAGUGCUAAUACUGCAGGAUCAGGAAAAGGAGUGGCCUCCUCUUCCUCAACUCUUCACGAGCGCUACAGCUCUCCACCCACAGGGACAGCACGCAGACGCCUCUUUGUGGAUUCAGAAAUGGCCUCUGACCCUCCUGCAUCGACCCGGGUCAGCCAGCCCUCGUUGGUCAGCACAAUACCAGCGGGCCAGACCGUGGUCACUAUGGCAACAGCUACUGUUACUGCUAACAACGGACAGACUGUUACAAUACCUGUGCAAGGGAUAGCCAAUGAGAACGGAGGCAUCACGUUUAUCCCAGUGCAGGUGAGCGUGACGGGACAGAGUGGACCAGGACUACAGCCUCUCACUGCCCAGGCUCUGACUGGCUCACUGAACACCCAACAGCUGACGACCACCAUGCCUGCUGGCACUGUUCACACCAGCCCUACAGCCAGCAAGCAGGCCAAGAUGAGCCCUCAGCAGGGAACACCGAACAGAGCGCAGAGAACAGGCUCCCUCUGUCUGUUCUUCCGCAAGGUGUAUCACCUGGCCAGCGUACGUCUCCGAGACCUGUGUGUGAAGCUGGACAUCAGCACGGAUCUGCGCAGGAAGAUCUGGACCUGCUUUGAGUAUUCUCUGGUGCACUGCACUGAGCUGAUGAUGGAUCGGCACCUCGACCAACUGCUCAUGUGUGCCAUCUACGUCAUGGCUAAGGUGACCAAAGAGGAUAAAUCCUUCCAGAACAUCAUGAAGUGUUACAGAUCUCAGCCUCAGGCUAGCAGCAGUGUUUACAGGAGUGUCCUGAUAUCAGGACGAAAGAGACGCCAAUCGGGCAACAGUGACAACAACAGACAGAACUCUCCACCUGACGGAGGGCCUGAACAAGCAGCAACAAGCGGAAACAGCAGUCCCGUGUCGAUGCGCUCCAGCAGCACUCUGCCUGUUCCUCAACCCAGCAGUGCUUCCUCUACACCCACACGCACACCCGGUGCAGUGCCAGAGCAGGAGGAGGAGGAGGAGGAGGAGGAGCACGGGGAUCUCAUUUGUUUCUACAACCAGGUCUACGUCAAACAGAUCAAACUGUUUGCCCUGCGCUACUCCCCCAGCUCACCUAAAGCAGGGGUGGGUGAGGCCGAGACUCCGCCUCUGUGUCCAUACCCUUCACUCCGGAUCGGUUCACCACGCAGGGUCCUCCUUUCUCACAACCACUCCAUCUACAUCUCUCCCCAUAAGACGGACAGUCCGCUGACCCCCAGAGACAAGAUCUUCUACUACAUCAGCUCAAGUCCAUCAAAUCGACUGCGGGAGAUAAAUAGUAUGCUCCGUACCGGAGAGACGCCGACUAAGAAGCGCAGCAUGGCUCUGGAGGAGGAGCAGCAGUCUCCUGCUAAGAGGCUGUGCCAGGAGAACCACAGUGCUUUCUUCCGCCGCCUGCAGGAUGUCGCCAAUGACCGCAACAACUCCCAUUAACGCAGACAGCACCACGUAGCCCAUGUCUGAACAUAAUGAAUGACAAUAAAUUUCAGGAAAUGUCCAUUUUAAGAAAGUGCACACAGCCAGACUCACCAACAUACGCCAACACGUGAGCAUGAGCAUGGAGCA